CCAAACUGAAGAAUAAACUGACUUGAGACCACCUUGACCACCUAUUUACUGGCCCGUCAGAUGUUGCCUGUGGCUCCAACACUGCCUCGCCCAUCACAUCUGCAGCCCGCCAUCCAGCGUCACUGUGCAUUGCUGGCUUCUGGGAGAAUUUCAGUCUCCGCAAGAAAGUCUGCAAAACAGCUACAAAGGCAAAGGACCUUAAAAAAAAAUUGAGAUUCUUGGGCCUGCCAUUUAGUUUUGUUGCUGUUCUGGUGCUGCCUCUUCUUCUCGUGCAUCUAUUUUUUUUUUUCACAUAGCUGUUUGAUCCCCCAGUUUUCCCCUAAUUUGACGUCUGAAUGCAUUUCGCCGAGGCCGUCCACCGCUCGUUACUGUUUUGGCCCUAGUGUCUAGCCACUCCUCUCCUUUACGCGACAAAUCCCCAACAGUCGAAACAUCCUGCAUUCGCGCUCCCGGUGCCUGCUGCUGCACGCCGUCAAAUCAAAUCUGUCGACCCUAAUACAGCAGGGCAUAAAACCGAAGCUGUCCUGAUCAGAACUGAAGCCAGUGCCAGCGCAUACCGCGACUGAUACGGCCUCCCAACGGGCAGAUCAACAUGGCGGAGACGUACGAUGUCGGGACGAGGGCCUGGCAACCCGACGCAAACGAGGGCUGGGUUGCUUCCGAGGUGGUCAACAAGAAGGUUGAUGGCUCCAAAGUGAUACUCACCUUCAAGCUCGAGAAUGGCGAGACCAAAGAAGUCCAGGUCACCCUGGAGGCACUCCAGAGCGGUAGUGACCCUUCAUUACCACCAUUGAUGAAUCCUACGAUGCUCGAAGCUAGUGAUGACUUGACGAAUCUUUCCCAUCUAAACGAACCAGCCGUUCUGCAAGCCAUCAAGCUUCGAUACGCACAGAAAGAGAUCUACACAUACUCAGGAAUAGUCCUGAUAGCCACGAACCCCUUCGCACGCGUCGACUCCCUCUACGUUCCGGGCAUGGUGCAGGUAUAUGCAGGCAAGCAGAGGGCAACUCAAGCUCCCCACUUGUUCGCUAUUGCCGAAGAAGCAUUCAUGGAUAUGUUGCGGGAUAACAAGAACCAGACCGUUGUCGUUUCGGGAGAAUCCGGUGCUGGAAAGACCGUCAGUGCUAAGUACAUCAUGCGGUACUUUGCGACAAGAGAAUCUCCAAAUAAUCCCGGCGGCAAGUCCAAGAAGGGCGCCGAGGCUAUGAGCGAGACCGAGGAGCAGAUCCUGGCAACGAACCCGAUUAUGGAGGCGUUCGGUAACGCCAAGACGACCAGAAAUGACAACUCGUCUCGUUUCGGAAAGUACAUCGAGAUCAUGUUUGACGAAAAUACCAACAUCAUCGGCGCAAAGAUAAGGACAUACCUUUUGGAGCGCUCGAGGCUUGUGUUCCAGCCUCUCAAGGAGCGCAACUACCACAUUUUCUACCAGCUCGUAGCCGGUGUCAGUGAUCAGCAGAGGCAGGAACUUGGGAUCCUGGCCAUCGAGGAGUUCGAGUACCUAAACCAGGGCAACACACCGACGAUCGACGGAGUAGACGACAAGGCCGAGUUCAUGGCGACAAAGGCCUCCUUGAAGACCAUUGGUGUAACUGAUGCCCAACAGGAUGAGAUCUUCAAACUGCUUGCUGGUUUGUUGCACCUGGGUAACGUCAAGAUCACUGCCUCGCGGUCCGACAGUGUGCUCGCACCAACUGAACCUUCGCUGGAGCGGGCCUGUGCCAUCCUAGGCAUCGAUGCCACCGAGUUCGCCAAGUGGAUCGUUAAAAAACAGCUUGUCACUAGGGGUGAGAAGAUCACGUCCAACUUGUCACAGGCACAGGCUAUUGUCGUCCGAGACUCCGUCGCCAAGUUCAUCUACUCGAGCCUGUUCGACUGGCUGGUGGACAUCAUCAACAGGAGUUUGGCCACAGAUUCAGUUAUCCAGCGGGUCAAGUGCUUCAUUGGUGUGUUGGAUAUCUACGGUUUUGAGCAUUUCGCCAAGAACUCGUUUGAGCAGUUCUGUAUCAACUACGCAAACGAGAAACUGCAGCAAGAGUUCAACCAGCAUGUUUUCAAGUUGGAGCAGGAAGAGUAUCUUAAGGAGCAAAUCGACUGGACCUUUAUCGACUUCGCAGACAACCAGCCAUGUAUUGACCUCAUUGAGGGCAAGUUGGGUAUUCUUUCACUCCUAGACGAGGAGUCAAGACUGCCCAUGGGUUCCGAUGAGCAGUUCGUGACAAAACUGCACCACCACUACUCUGGCGACAAGCACCAGUUCUACAAGAAACCCAGGUUUGGCAAGUCUGCUUUCACAGUCUGCCACUAUGCUGUCGACGUCACCUAUGAGUCGGAGGGCUUCAUCGAGAAGAACCGUGAUACAGUGCCGGAUGAACACAUGGCAGUUCUGAGGGCCUCGAGCAACAAGUUCCUUGGCCAGGUUCUUGACGCAGCUGCGUCCCUUCGUGAGAAGGAUCUUGCUUCCGCCUCGACUGCGGUAGCCAAGCCCACAGCCGGCCGCAAGAUUGGUGUCGCAGUUAACCGCAAGCCGACACUCGGAGGUAUCUUCAGGUCUUCGCUGAUUGAGCUCAUGAACACAAUCAACAACACCGAUGUGCACUACAUCAGGUGUAUCAAGCCCAACGAGGCAAAGGAGGCUUGGAAGUUCGAGGGCCCCAUGGUUCUCAGCCAGCUUAGAGCCUGUGGUGUUCUUGAGACGGUCCGCAUUAGCUGUGCUGGUUAUCCUACAAGAUGGACAUAUGAGGAGUUCGCUCUCCGAUACUACAUGUUGGUUCCUUCAAACCAAUGGACAGCAGAAAUCAGGCCCAUGGCAAAUGCGAUCUUGACGAAGGCCCUCGGCGAGAACUCUGGCAAGGGCACGGACAAGUACCAGCUUGGUCUUACCAAGAUUUUCUUCCGCGCCGGUAUGCUCGCCUUCCUCGAGAACCUCAGGACAAGCAAACUCAACGACUGCGCCAUCAUGAUUCAGAAGAACCUGAGAGCUAGAUACUACCGCCGCAGGUUUAUUGCCAUCCGCGAGUCCAUCAUCCGCCUGCAGGCUACUGUCCGGGGUCACAAGGCUCGCAAGGAGGCCCAGGAUCUGCGCGUCACCAAGGCUGCUACCACAAUCCAGCGGGUGUGGCGUGGACACAAGCAAAGAAAGGCGUUCUUGCGAAUCAAAAACGAUCUUACCCUCGCCCAGGCUGCCAUGAAGGGUUACCUGCGCAGGAAGGAGAUUAUGGAGACUCGUGUAGGCAACGCUGCCCUCCUCAUUCAGAGGGUAUGGCGCUCAAGGAGGCAACUCAGGUCGUGGCGCCAGUACCGCAAGAAGAUUGUCCUCAUCCAGAGCUUGUGGCGUGGAAAGACUGCCCGCCGUGGCUACAAGAAGGUCAGGGAAGAGGCUCGCGACCUGAAGCAGAUCUCGUACAAGCUUGAGAACAAGGUUGUCGAGUUGACGCAAUCUCUGGGCACCAUGAAGACCCAGAACAAGGACCUCAAGAACCAGGUCGAGAACUACGAGAACCAGAUCAAGUCGUGGAAGAGCAGGCACAACGCACUCGAGCUCAGGACAAAGGAGCUGCAGACCGAGGCCAACCAGGCCGGUAUUGCCGGCGCCAAGCUGGAGCAGCUGGAGGAUGAAUACAAGAAGCUUCAGACCAACUUUGACGAGUCGGUCGCCAACGUCAAGAGGAUGCAACAGGCAGAGGCCGAACUUAAGGACUCGCUCCGAGCUACUACAACGGAGCUGGAGGCGGCUAGGGAGGACAUCAACCGUUCUGAGGCUGAGAAAAACAACCUCAGGCAACAACUCGUCGAGCUCCAGGAUGCUCUCGAGAUCGCCAGGAGGUCCGCUCCUGUCGGCAACGGAGAGAUCGCCAACGGCGCUGCGCCUACGCCAUCGCUUGCCAACGGUCUGAUCAACCUCGUAUCCGCCAAGAAGCCCAAGCGGAGGAGUGCCGGCGCCGAGCCCAGAGAGAUGGACCGAUACAGCAUGGCCUACAACCCACGCCCUGUCUCUAUGGCCGUUACCGGCGGUGGCCGACAAACUCUCUCUGGCUCAACAUUUGUUGCCAGCGCGGAUACCAUCGAGAUGGAGCUCGAGUCGCUGCUUGCUGACGAGGAGGGCCUGAAUGAUGAGGUUACCGUUGGUCUCAUCCGUAACCUCAAGAUUCCGUCACCCAACACCAACCCCCCUCCAUCGGACAAGGAGGUUCUCUUCCCAUCCUACCUCAUCAACUUGGUCACCUCUGAGAUGUGGAACAAUGGCUUCGUAAAGGAGUCGGAACGCUUCCUGGCCAACGUGAUGCAGUCCAUCCAGCAGGAGGUCAUGCAACAUGACGGAGAGGAUGCCAUCAACCCCGGCGCCUUCUGGCUCUCCAACGUCCAUGAAAUGCUUUCAUUCGUGUUCCUCGCCGAGGACUGGUAUGAGGCCCAGAAGACGGACAACUAUGAGUAUGACCGUCUCUUGGAGAUCGUCAAGCACGACCUCGAGUCUCUGGAGUUCAACAUCUACCACACCUGGAUGAAGGUGCUCAAGAAGAAGCUGCACAAGAUGAUCAUCCCCGCCAUCAUCGAGUCGCAGUCGCUACCUGGCUUCGUGACUAACGAGAACAGCCGGUUCUUGGGCAAGCUACUCCAGGGCAACUCGACUCCUGCCUACAGCAUGGACAACCUGCUCAGCCUUCUCAACAGCGUCUUCCGUGCAAUGAAGGCUUACUACCUGGAGGAUUCAAUUAUCACGCAGACAGUGACGGAGCUGCUGCGCCUGGUUGGUGUAACGGCCUUCAACGACCUUCUGAUGCGCCGCAACUUCCUUUCAUGGAAGCGUGGUCUGCAAAUCAACUACAACAUCACGAGGAUUGAGGAAUGGUGCAAGAGCCACGACAUGCCUGAGGGCACCCUCCAGCUUGAGCACUUGAUGCAAGCAACCAAGCUUCUUCAGCUCAAGAAGGCUACCCUGAACGACAUUGAGAUUAUUCAAGAUAUCUGCUGGAUGCUUUCUCCCAACCAAAUCCAGAAGCUGCUUAACCAGUAUCUUGUCGCCGACUAUGAGCAGCCCAUCAACGGCGAGAUCAUGAAGGCUGUCGCUUCAAGGGUGACGGAGAAGAGUGACGUGCUUCUUCUGCAAGCCGUAGACAUGGACGACAGCGGUCCUUACGAGAUUGCCGAACCCAGGGUGAUCACUGCCCUGGAGACUUAUACCCCAUCUUGGCUGCAAACUCCUAGGCUAAAGCGUCUUGCCGAGAUCGUCUCGGCGCAGGCUAUUGCCCAGCAGGAGAAGAUGGACAUGCAAGAAUAUGACGGUGAAGAAGACGAGGGUGAGGAUGGUCAGCAGCAGCUUGGACAAGUCGACGAGGCACCAGAGCCCAUCGGCGCCAGCGCAUAGUGCUCUGCUGGGACAGCCAUUGGGCUCAUGAGGCGUCACACCCCUAGACUGGCGGCAUCCGCUGCAUCGCCCAAAUCGGUGGUGUUUGCGAGGUGGAGCAGACCACAGGUUAAACGGUUGUCUUUUGGGUAUGAUGGUGUAUUGCCUGAUGAUAAUGAUGACGACAAGCCAGGCGAGAUGAUGGCCGAACAACAGGAAAUGAUUAGACAGUUGUCGGCCACGCAAUAGUUAUGUUUUUUUUUUUUCAAUUCCUCUUGACUGGUCUUUACAGUCCAGAAAGGACUCCUUUUCUCCCUCUUUUCCCACUUGGUCUGGUAGUCACGAGACCAAGACCGAUCAACCUUCAUGGCUCUGUAUGGGCUUUCUAGGUUUUGCAUUUGGUUGGGAGAUGUGGGAGGUGGAGGGGUUUUGGUUGUGCGAUACCAAUGUUACCAUAUUUUUUUGUCUUGAUACAACUUUGUGUUGCGGCUCUUUAUUUUUUCUAUUACAAGGCAGAUUUUGGGAUAAAUCAGGUUGCUUGUUCUUUUCUGGUUUUUUUUUGCUUCUUUCUUUUGCUGUCAACUCAUGGUUAGGGACUCGCUACCCUUCCUUUGAUCUGGUUCCACGUUUGUGUGUGGACAGUCGCGAGGGGUCAAUGUCUUUUAGAGCGUGGCUGGCAGUGUUUGAUAGAAAUGGGAUAAAAAGAAGGUUAAGCGAUGUACUCCCAAAAGCUAUACAAUGGUGUUUCCUGGUUUCGGUUUUUCUGUCACGGAGUACAUGAAAGGAGGUAGAUGGGUGCACGUGACUUUUUUUGCUUCGUUUGGAGGAAAUUUUGCAUGAAAUUGAAUGAGACCCAUCUUUUCCACCCAAGUGCGGUUCCC